ACGAGUGAGAUGACCGUCAGAGAUGAUCCGCACGUGCAUAAAGGUGAAGGCGUCCAGCAGUCACAAGGGGCCCUACACGUUUGAUCAGGUGCGCAUGGUGCAGGACCUGUCCGGCGAGCACGCCGGUGCCGUCUGGGUCGUCAAGUUCUCGCACUGCGGCCGCCUGACGACGCGGCAGGACAACGUACUGCGCAUCUGGUCGCUGCGCAGCCGCACAAGUACUUCAACGACAUGCGGCCAGAAGUACGCGCCGCGAGUCGAAGGUGUCGCCCUCUCUUCGCAGGACAGCCUCAACGUGAACGCGCCGGGAGAGGGAGAAAGCCGCACGCUCGCGACGACGCCACCCUUCCUUUCCGUCCCCCCAAGGAAACCGCCCCGCCUCUUGCGCGACCCCCCCGGCGACGACCCCGCCGACCCCGACUCCAGACGAUGGACGAAUCGCGCGCCGUUUCGCGCGUCGUUCUGCGUUCCUGCGGGCACUCCGGCGGCGUUCUCAGUGUCUGGUCGCCAACACUUACAUCUGUCGUCUGACAUGACAAAGACGGUGCGGUUGUGGCACGUGUCCCGCGCCGAGUGCCUCGGUUGCUUCCAGCACAUCGACUUGUGGACGGCGAUCGCGUUCCACCCGAAGGACGACGCUACCUACCUCACGGGCUCCCUUGCGGGCAAGCUGCGGCUGUGGGAACUCCCCGACAAGAAGAGUCGGCGCGGGAGAAGGGGCGAGGGGGGGAGCGAGAAGGAGGCGGAUAGAAAAUGGCGCUGUGAGAACGAGGGUGGACGGAGGCGACGAAAUGAUCACGGCCGGCAAACUUUCUGUCCAGAACGUCGCUUCGCGUCGUUGGCACGUCACGGACGUACGCUGCAUCUUCUACAGCAACGAGGGCAAGUACUCACGCAGAUCCACGUCAGUCCGCUGCCGAGUGAGAACAAGAUCCUGAUCACGUCGAUAGACUCGCGCAUCCGCCUCUACGACGCUGCGCGACCUUCGAUCUGCAAGUGA